AUGGACGCCAUUCCUGGAGGCGCCAUGCAGGACAUUGUCGGUGAAAAUCCCGAAACCAGGCAUAAGGAAGCCGUUGAGCCAGGUGCCCGUCCACUUUACGGUACACGGACAAGAAGGCGGACACUACGUCCCAUGUCCUCGCCACCAGCUCUGACGGAGCUCAGGUCACUGUUGCCGCUUUAUGAAGCUUCUGAGCUACUCGUCGAUACCUAUUUCGACCGAGUCCACUGGUUUAUGCUCAUCUUUCAACAGAAUGACUUUCGUCAGAACUGGCCACUCCUGUAUAGAACACAAUUAGAUGGCGCCAGCGAAGUUUGCAACGAUCUAGGAUUUCUCAGCACUUUUUUGAUGGUCCUUGCUAUUGGAGCGCACUAUGCUGGGCCCUAUCGGCAACGUCUCCUAGCUCGCUACGAGGUCGAACCUGAGACGCUCAAGAAACGCAUUCUUAAAGCCAUCAAAUCCAGUUUGCUGGAUAUUAUCUCGGUUGGGUCGUUGGAAGUGGUUCAAACGUGCGUCCUAUUAGGAACAUACUAUCUCUUCCACGGUGCUCCUCGGCUAGCAUGGCCGGUCUGCGGCUGUGGCCUUCGGGUUGCCCAGUCGCUCAACCUGCAUCGCAAGAAAGAACAUGCCACUUUGCCAUUAACUCCCGUUGAGCGUAACCAGAACGAAACGAGGAAGCGUUGCUGGUGGGCGAUCUACGAGAUAGAGACGUUCUGCUCGAUGUCUUACGGUUACCCUCACAGCAUUGGAGAUGCAGACUGUGAUGUUGAGCCAUUGAAUCCGUCGGCAAAGCUGCGGAAUGCUCCAUCACCUGUAUCAUUUGAUGAACCGCUGAGAUGCGAGACCACGCUUUUGUCCUACAAGUAUUACAUGUCCAAAUUAUCGGUGCUUACAAAGUCGGUCCUCAGCGAGCUCUAUGGGGUUGGACCCGGUUUAGUGAACAACAACAGGGCUCCUGGUGAGUCUGGCUCGAGGUUACGCGCGGUCGUUAUGAGGGUAGCGAAGCUGGAUGCAAGGAUUCGGGACUGGCGAGCUGAAAUCCCUCCCAAACUACGGUGGGAGACGGUUGCUUCUACCAGCGUGAGCUAUUCAUCACUGGAAGAAUUUGAUCGAGACAUCGGCGCAUCGGGGGUUCGAUUCGACAAUCAUAUCUAUCACCUUCAGGCGUUAGCACUUGAGCUUGCCUAUGAAAACACCAUGAUUCUAGUUCACAGGCCGCUUCUGUCGUACAAGCUCGUGACCAAAGCUGACGACAAGCUGGAUGAUACGUCUCAUUUUGACAUUCAAGAAAAUCCUUUUUUAAGAUCGAUGAAAGCCUGCCAUGAUGCAGGUAUGAGCCUAUCGGAACUCGCGAACAGCCCGAUUCUCGAGCUUGUCUCUGAAACCUAUGCCGCUGCCUUUGUUAGCAUUCAUACGUUCACCGCGGGAGUUGCUCUUGGGAUUCUAGGCAGUAUUGAGCCGCUUACACCGCAGGCUCAAGAAGCCAAAGUUGGGCUGCAUCGACUCAUGUCCAUUCAAGCGAAAUUAAAAACUCGAUCCCUACUAGCCACGCAGGGCCUGGAUAUUCUUCAGCGGCUGACGAAACUCGUACUGGACAAAGAGCUGAGCAUGAUGCUCGAUGUUUCGAAGCCUAUACGAUGGCCAGAGCAACACAGUGGCGUAGAUGGCGAUGUCAGUGCCCUCCAAACAGGUACCCUUUUUCCAGAGCCAUCUUCAAGCGGCCAGCGUACGAGGACGUUGCCUCACGAUGCUGCUGAGGCCGUCAUGCCGACGGACCGACAAUUAACCAUGUCAGAUUCUCGAGACACCCAAGAAACAGAGACCCGGGAAGCAACGCCAGAACGUAACAGUGUCGGCAACUUCGCGCAUUUUCAGUAUAUGGAGGACGCUUCUGUGUCGGAGGCGCUCCAUGACUUCGACCAGGCUCUUGGGCUGAUCCUGACCUAUUGGUCACUGACACGUCGCACGUCCGGACACUAG